AUGAACCUAAGCUUCUUCGACCAAUUCUCAAGUCCAUCCCUCCUAGGGAUCCCAUUAGUCCUCAUCUCAACAAUAUUCCCAGCCCUAUUAAUCCCCUCCAUAGACAAACGAUGAAUCACCAACCGCCUCUCAACACUCCAACUAUGAUUCAUCAAUCUAGUCACAAAGCAACUAAUAUCACCCCUGAACAACAAAGGACACAAAUGGGCCCUAAUUCUAACAUCCCUAAUAAUCUUCCUACUGCUAAUUAACCUGCUAGGCCUUCUACCAUACACAUUCACCCCAACCACACAACUAUCCAUGAAUCUAGCACUAGCCUUCCCCCUAUGACUUGCCACCCUCCUAACAGGCCUGCGAAAUCAACCCUCCGCAUCCCUAGGACACCUACUACCAGAAGGUACCCCAACACCACUAAUCCCCGCCCUCAUCCUGAUUGAAACCACAAGCCUGCUUAUCCGACCCCUAGCUUUAGGAGUCCGACUCACAGCCAACCUCACAGCAGGCCACCUACUCAUCCAACUCAUCUCCACAGCCACAGUAGCCAUAUUCUCAACAAUACCAGCAGUAUCACUCCUUACCCUACUAGUGCUUUUCCUGCUAACUAUCCUAGAAAUCGCAGUAGCAAUAAUCCAAGCCUACGUUUUCGUACUCCUACUAAGCCUAUACCUACAAGAAAACAUCUAA